AAUGUGGUUGAGUUUAAUUCGGCAAAUUUAUCACAAAUAAUCCUAAUCAAGAAACCUGUGGAAAAUCCAAAUCAGGUAUCCACAACUACAGACCAACUGCCAAAACACAGAUUUUGAGCAAAGUAAUUGCGAAAAUCAUCUUAUACAGAAUCAACAAUAGAAGUAAAACCAAUUUAUUCCCAAACUAUAUUAUCUAUGGUUUCUUUAAAGAAAAGAGGUACAGAAGGCUUUCAGAAGAGUUUUUAAAUUCCCAGCACUAAAGAUGAAACUCCAAUACUUUUUCACCGUUUUAUUUUUUGCAUGGAGUUAUUGCAUCAAUUCAGAGACAACUGUUCAAGACUCAAAUGCAGGACAGAGGAAUUUAAAUUUAUUGAAAAACGAAGAACUGUUUAAAGCUUCAUUCUAUGAAACAAGGCUUCAACAGCUUGAUGUUGUUCAAAGUAUUCUAAGAUUUCAAGACUAUGGUAAACAGUAUAAAAUUAUACAUAAAGCUUUAGAGAAAAUUUUUGAGGUAAUGCAACUAGCUAAAGUAAUAGUUGAAGCUUCUGAUUAUAUUCCAGGAUCAAAUUUUCCUUCAAAUAUAUCUGUAGUUGAAGCAUUAAGUCAAGUGAUAGAAAAUACUGCACUCUAUGGAGAACUGCAAUUGAAAUUACCUGAUAUCACCGAUAGAAUUAUGGAAAAAAAUACACAGUGGCUGAUACUGAUAAAAUGGUCCAUUGGAUUUUCAAAUUCAAGUGGGUUGUUGGAUGACAAAACUACUCAAAUGAUUGAUCUGCUGUGCCAAGAAAUGAACUUAAUUGAAAGAAGUGUGCAUUUUCAUAAUCCAUACAGAAAAUAUGUGAAGGUUUCCCAACCUGAUAAAAUUCCACAGAAACAAACAAAGAAGAAACUAAACUUAAAGAAAGGACCUCGACUGAGUAAACGAAGCUAUUCUGAAUUAUGACAUCUAGGAGUGUGAUACGAAAGUU